CUUUUGUUUAACUCACCCUGUAACCUCCACGUUUUCCAUGCAGCACGCAUAGCUCGAUAUCUUACGCUUGAUGUACACCUCAUAACACAGCAAGACAUGCAAACAUGGUGAUGAGCGACAAGGCUCUCGGUGGGCUGAUGCUCUCGUUCUCGGGAGCAAUCCUCGUAUAUUACUCGCUAUGGACUAUCCUUCUUCCCUUCUUUGACUCGUCAAGUCCGGUUCAUGAUUACUUCCCCAAACGAGAAUGGGCCGUUCGUCUCUCCGCCUUCAUUAUCAUUCUAGGUGUCUCAGCCAUUGGAAUGCUACUUUCCGUGAAGAUACUCAAGCACCACACAUCCGCAAACAAUCCUAAAAAAUCCUUGUAAUACAAAUAAUGAUGGCCGUUUGUUAUAUAGGGUUAGAAAACAGC